GGGGACCAAUGGCGGAGGUUUGAUCAACACCUGCAUUUCCCAGAAUCUCUACGUCACUCGCAAGAGCCUCUGUAGCUGCAUAUCCCCAGUGGCUAGAGGGACCCCCCACAACUGGCAUAAGCGCUAUCCUGCAGAGUUCCCACCGAGUAUUUCCUCCCACUUCCCAUCAUUGCAGCAGAUGCAGUGCCACUCUCCGCCUUGUCACAGCCGCCGAUUCUUCGCCAACACCCCACGUCCUGUUAGUUAAGUUAAAGCCAAGCUAAGGCCAAUGUCAAAUCUCAUCAACGAACCUCCGUCCCCUGGCCUGGCAUGGGCUCCAGCACAAUAACCCCUCGAUGGCGGUACUUCGGUAGAGCUUCCAGGGAACAAGGCCCAUGACCCAGAAGGUCAAGGAACAUAGUCAAGAUGGAGUAUAGCGAUGGUUCUCGAGUCCUCUCAUUCGUUAGUGAGGCUAAAGCAAUAUCCAGUGUCCAAGUUUAAAACCAAGGCCAAGGUGUGGCGCCAGAUUACCCUGCUCUCCACUGGGAUAACGCGUUCGAUCCAUUUAAGCAACGCAAGCAGGCAAACGGAAUCCCCCUAUUCCGCCUGUGGCACUAGAUACACGCACUACUUCUCACUGACGACACCCUAGUCUUUAGUCUUGGGUGGUUCUCUGUGCCUGCGUAUUUGGGCCCUAGUGCGGAAAUAGACUUGAUCAAUCAAUCAACAAAACCUCCGGACAGCCCGUAUUUGCCAGCCUCUCCCCUCAGAGAGUCUUGACUUUUUCAUACAUCUUCGUGUUUUUUUGGUUCCUAGUCCGAGUUGAGAGAGAGAAGACCCUUGGAAGCUUGUUCACUCGGAAACUCGCUUCAGACAUUCGUUUACCCACAUCACGUUGACUGACUUGGUUGUUGUUUUCUUCUAUUACUACUCUACUCUACUCUACUCUACUCUACUCUCUUCUCUCGUAUUCUUCCUACUCUUUCAUAUCCAUUUUCGUUUCAUUGCCUUAUCUUCCCUUACAUUGCAUUACAUUCACACUAUUUUGGUUGUUGUUGGUUCUACACAUAUAAGUCGACAUAAACCUUAAUAUCUCUUGUCACAAUGGCUGCCGCCGAACAACCUCAGGUCGAGAACCGUCCCCCGCCUUCACGGAUGAGAGUCGCCCUGGUGGUGCUCUUCCAUUCAUCAUGUGCUAUCUGGAGCACUAUUCUAUCCAAGUCGGCCCUCAAUGGCGUUGAGGCCCCCGUCACAUUGCUUGCUCUUCAGACAACGAUACAAGUAGUACUACUCACAAUUAUUGGAGUUGCUACAGGAUGGGUCAAGCUGUACAGACCACUCAAUGCUUGGAUUGCUCUUCUACCCCUCACGGUCGCGCGUCUUAUUGGAAUCUUGGCCAAGACAUACUGCCUCGCCUCGGUCAACGCCUCCGUCUACCAGAUCGCCCGUGGUCUUCUACUACCAUUUACUCUCUUCCUGUCUCUGCUGGUUCUCCGACCUCGUCCUUACUACCCUCCUAUCUCUCUCGUCGGCUGCGCUAUGGUCAUGGCUGGUUUCGGAACUGGAAUGAUGGCCGACUACAGCCAGAUGCUCACCUCCGGCAAGGGUGUUCUCCUCGGUGUCGGAUCCAGUUUCACCACUGCCGUCGAGUCCGUUGUCGUCAAGCGAUUCCUCGGUAAGAGCCAGGAGGGUAUGUGGCAGAUGGUCUGGAUGUCCAACUGUAUGGCCAUCCUUUUCUAUAUUCCUCUCUUCCCUCUUUCUGGAGAGAUGAGCACUAUGAGCAGCCUUUUCACCGUCGAGUCCAUGGAUGUCGCCCGCCAGUUCCUCAGCUCCGCCUGUUUGACCGGUGUCUCAGCCUUCCUCCUCACCAUCGCUACCUUUAUGCAAAUCGAGGUCACUAGCCCGACCACACAUAUGAUUGUCACUGCCGCUCGAGGUGUCGCCCAGAGCUCUCUCGCCGUUGUUCUGCUCGGCGAGGUUUUGACUGCCGACCGCGCCGGCAGCAUGGCUCUUAUUCUUGCCGGAAGUGCCCUCUACGGCUGGGCCCGAGACCGAUACCAGCAGGCCAAGAAGGCCGCUGGCAGCUACCAGCUUCUGCCUCGCGAAGAGGAGGGCCGAGCUGAAAUGGUGGACAGCAAGGAAGCCAAAGAUCUCAAGCUAUAAGAUCUUCACUUCCUCUUGCUGGUCAUGAGAUGAAAUAACAUAUACCAUUUCCUUUUUCUUUUAUUAUUCUUGGGUAUGGCGGGCUUCAUCAUGACGACAGGUGUUUGGAUGAUCAGGUUUUCGGCAUACUUUUUUCAGAUUCUAUAUACCUUAGACAUAGAGACGAUUUACUAUGUAAUCUGGGGUAUCCAGUUUAGCCCUUAUCUCCCUCAGCAGUGCGCAACGAGGGAGAGAAGCUUCAAGAUCAAAAAUACACGUUUAUAUCAAACUUGUCUGAGC